UUAAAUCAACCCAGAGAAUAAAUCAUAAAUUGUAAAAUCAUAGAAGAUUUCGCUUGCCGCGUGUUCUUCGAGUAUGCGCGCCGGAUUCGAAAAUGCCGCGACACGCUGUCUUCGAUUUUGCUCUGUGAGUGAUCUCGGUAUCAGGCCCCUAGUCCGAGUAGCCUGGCCAGUGGACGAGAAAGACUAGGUUGACGGGCAACGUCAAAGAAGCGGGCAACCUGUAACAGUGACGAUUCGACGAUACCUGUCCUGGACUAUGAGAACGAGGCGGAUAGCUACGGGAGCAACAGCGGCAGCGGUGCAAGUGGGCGUAAGGGCCGGGAGAGAGAACGUCGUCCCGUGUUCCAUACAUGGCUAUGCUAUGUGGAAACCGAGAGACACAGAGAAACGGACGCACCGGCGGAGUCCCCACCGUGUGGACACGGCGGAGGCGACGUUUUCUCGGCACGAGUGCCCACCGCAUGUUUCGUGCACAGUGUGUGCUAGCACGACGUCGUUGUAUGAUCGUUCUUCUUUUUCGUUUACGACAAUACGAUUGAUCGUUUAAUUCGAGAUCUCUCCGUAAGAGACGAUACGGCGUAAGUAAUUCGUUGGUAUAAUUGCGAAAGGGCUAAACGCGAAACUUCGAACCAGCCCGCAUCAGAAGAUGCACUCGCGAACACGUCACUGGCGUGGGUGUUGCUGUUCCUUUCGUCUAUUUUGAAUAAAAAAGUGGCAGACAGCGUGGUCCAGAGCAGAGACAGUUUCGAAGUUGAAGCGGGUCCGCGCCUAUGGCCGAGUGACAGCUCUCUCAGUUUGGCGAGCGUGCGAUUGGUCCGCCUGUGCUUACUCUCGGCGUUACGUGUGUUGCCUGCGUGCAACAGGCAACGUGGGUUGGAUGCGUGAGUGCGCCUGCGUGAGUGCUACGACGUACCAGCCGCGUGUGCGUGUGCUGCGCGCGAAGGGAAGCCGCAGGGGCCGCAAAACCCGCAUCAAAGGGACACAUAUUGCCAUAGAAUGCUGUGGACGUCUCGAUGCUCCCUAAUCUUAUUGUUAACAACGAUAGCGUCUUGCAUGGACGCAACGAUAGAUGGUUUCUUGGAAGAUGAAACGACCACCAACGCGAUCUUUACGACCACCUCGGCACCAGUGGUCACAACCAUAUCUAGUUUAAAUAAAGUCGAGAAGGCGAUGGUUAAUUCGUCAAAUGCGGUAAAAAGCCAGGAUGAAGAAAAUAUUCAAGACCCAUCCCACGCAUCCUCCUCGCCUUCUUCUGACAUGGUUUGGGAGUGUCCAAAUAUUACAAAAGCGGGCGUUGAGUGUUCUUGCGACUUACCACACACGUUGAGAUGCACCGGUGAUAGAACAACACUGCAGAUUAUCAGCAAACAUUUGAGAUUCAGUCGUCCAGGAACGAUCUCCUUAUUGGAUGUAACAGUGACAGGAAUCUCUUUGCUACCAGCACGCUUUCUGGAAGAUGUUGCUUUGCACGGACUCGUUGUUUCUACCGGAGAAUUGAGACGCGUCCAUGAAAACGCUUUUAUUGGUCUUGUAACACCUCUUCAAGCCCUUGGACUUCCGAACAAUUUAUUAGAUUCUGUACCUACUACGGCUUUGUCGCAUUUAGUCGGCUUAGAAAGGUUGGAUCUAUCUCAGAAUAAACUAAAGAUGCUAGAAGCUGAGUCUUUUAAGGGAUUGUCAAACCUGACAUAUUUAGAUCUAUGCGACAAUUUAUUGUCACAAUUAUCGCCUCAAGCUUUUGCUGCGGUACCUUUGCUACGCUCAUUAAGGAUGCGUGGUAAUCGUUUAAGCGUAUCUGCUCUCUCGGCACUCAGAGGGCUUAAAAGUUUGGAGGAGCUUGAUCUGUCUAACAAUCUAUUAUUGGGUCCAAUGGGUCCAAAUCUUCUUCCUCAAAUGCCACGAUUACAUUUUCUUACCGUAUCCGAAAACGAACUAAUAAAUGUACAGCAAGGAGCCCUUGGGGGUUUAAGGAAUUUAACUUAUCUGAGCUUAAGCCAUAAUCAGAUUGAUGUACUGGAAGAUCAUUCGUUUAAAUAUUUGUCGACUCUUACCAGACUGGAUUUAGCAAAUAAUCGAAUCGUUGCGGUAUCCAGUGCUUCUUUAGCACACUUGGAAAGACUAACAACAUUGGAUUUGACUCAUAAUUUUCUGCGAUCUCUGACUGCUGACUUAGUCGUACCGCUAAAAAGUCUUCAAGAUCUACGUCUCGAUGAUAAUGAUAUCACAAUGGUGGCCAGCGAUGUACCAACGUCCAAAUUACGACUCACAAAACUUUCUUUGGCCGAUAAUCCUUUGAAUUGUGACUGUACGCUUCUAGAAUUCGCCAACUGGUUAAGCAACUCCAGCUUGAACGAGGAAGAUAAAUCUUCGGCGGUCUGCGCAACUCCACCCGCUUUGGAAAAUGGUAUACUGACACAAGUCUCUCCCGGUAGUCUCCUUUGUGGAGAGCCGACACCACCAAUCAUGACUAGACUGCCUUUAGCUGGUGCUCAAUUAACAUUGAAAGAAUUUCACUAUGAUAAAUCAACUGGUAUCAAUCUCUUAUGGCAUGUAGAACCAUGUGCAGAACAGUAUACAUGUGAUAAUUUGAUUGUCUAUGAAACCAUAGGUGACAGUGAGGUUCAAACAGAUUCUAGUUCUCUUCAUUGCGAUUCUCGUAUGAUGAGAGAUCCCUGUUCACUCCCGGUUGCCAUACCUGCCUCAUUACAUUUACAACCAGGCCAUAAAUAUCGCUAUUGUGUAGUACUUCUAGUACCAAAUAGUUAUGAUGAUGUUUCUUUAGGUUUGGGUUGCAGUGAUGUGAUUACAUUAGAAGAAUCUAAACGAGAGUUACAGCAAGAUCAAGAAACUACAGUAUCAGAGUUUUCUUCAUCAUUAGAUACUAGAAUAACUGCAGUACAUGUAAACGUAUCUGACCAAGGCUUCUUGCACGUCGAUGUUAGUUUAUCAAUCUCAAAAAGGUCGAAUCUGCCUGAAUGCGAACUCUCUGUUAUCGUUUUUGACGCUGAAUCUGCGGUGCAUAAACAAAAACUGAAUUGCAGUUUAACGUUUGUAACAUUAGGGGUAUUGUUGCCUGGUCACUAUAAAGUUUGUGCAAGUCUUGACGAUGUCAAUGAAGAAGAUGUUAUUGCAAACUUUGUAGAUAACCGAGAUAGAUUACGCUGCGUCGAAGUGCAAGGGUUCAAACAAAAUACAGAGCUAAUUGUUUUAGCGAUAAUCGGAGCUAGUUGCGUUCUUUUAAUCACAAUUGCAGUAAUUGGUAGAAGCGUUCUGAGAAAGGUAAGACAUCCUAGGAUACAGACACAAUGUUUCCUGCCAGCACAGGAAUUUGAAAUAACUCAUAAAGCACAUUACAUUAAAUUACUAGCUACAACAAAAGUUUAAUUCAUUUCCACCGAGUAUAUAAUUCCGUUUCUCAUUUUGUAAAUAAUUACAGCUUAUUUGUUGUUGACUAUUUAAAAAUGUUGAAAUCGAAUUUUUUUGGUUGAAAUGAAGAAUGUUGUAUUUGAUCUUAUUGUAUAAGAUUGUUUCUAUGAGCUACUAGUCAUAAAAUCGAUAAUUUUAAAGAGAUUAAUAAAUAAUAAAUUGUAAGAAUUUUAAGGAUAAAUAAAAAUACAAUUAAAUAGAUCAGAAAAGUGGUAUGAACGGAUGAUUAUAGUAUAGUCUAAGAGUAUUUAAAACACCCAGUUUUUACACUGCCAUAAUAAUUUAUACUAGCUAAUAAUAUAUGAUCAAAAAGAAAUUGUAUGAAAUUAACAUCUUAAAUAAGGAAAUAUGAUAUAUAAUAACACAGUUAGUUCAUACAGUUUUUCAAUAUUUUUA